GUGAGUGAGAGUGAUUAUAAAUAAGGAGAAUAGUAGUUGUAAGUUAUUUUAGAGGCGUGAUCUGUGAUUCUUUGCAGCCGAACAAAUAUAGGGUUUUGUUGCCGAUGGCGGAAAGCAGUGUUGAAAGAGGUAGGCGGCUGAAACGGAAACGGAAACGGAAACAUUUGUUGCAGGAAAGUAGUGUUGAAAGAGUUACCCAGCGGCUGAAACAGAAACAUGUUGUUAAAAGAGGAACACCGCUGAAAUCAGAUUUGACAUACAAGAAACUAAUCAGAUUCGUGGCUGAUAGAAAAAAACAAAUCAGGGCUAAAAUGGCGGCUAGGAGAAAAAAUCGAUUCGGAACGGUCGAGACUUGUGCAUAUGAAUAUGGUGUUAUUGACCCUCCAGCAAUAAUUGUUAAUGGUGUUUAUAACCCUCCAACAUUUUUUACACCACUUGGUGGUAUCUAUCCCCUUGACAUAGACGGAAGAGAUAGCGGUCGUCUAACUGGAUAUUGUAUAACUGCUUUGAAAGCAUUCAACAAACACAAUCAUCAGGAUCCAAAAUUUGAUUUUGAUGGCCUCGUCAGGGCAAACUGUUUGCUUCCUGGAUAUUUUUAUAUUACCUUUAAGGCAAAAAAACAAGAUGAUGCUUCCCCAACAAUUUUCCAGGCCAGUGUUAAGAAGAACUUUAACGGUUCCAUUAAGGUCCGCUCUUGUGCCAUCCAAAAAUCUCGUGCCAUCAAAAAAGACUAACCAGAUGAUGAUUUGUUCAGGUCUUCUGAAGCUCAGAAUGGUGGACAAUCGAAAAGAAUGUUAUCGGUCAAAUUCCUCCAUUUAUUUCCAACCAAAACUAUUGAUAUGUGCUCAUCAAACCAAAACUACUGAUAUGCGUUUUAUUGUCUUUUGUUCUUUUGGGCUUAGGUGGCCACAUUCUGUAUCAAUGCUUCUGAACAUGCUGAGCAUUUGAGCAUUUGAGCAGAAACAAUGAAUAUUGACAAUUAGUUUUCAACAUCUACUAAGACGUUGUGUGCUAUGCUCUAUGCUUGCGUAGUACAACUAUAGUAUUUCAGUUUCUUUUAUUUUUAUAUGAAUAUGCUUUCGUGGUAC